CUUGAUUUUUCUCCCUCUACUGUUUUUUUUUUGCCAAAAAGCCAGAGUUCAUGAAGCCUAAAUGGACUGGGAAUAAACUAAAGUAGACCAAAAGCCUCCACUGUGGGCCACAUAACAUGAUCUCAGAAAUUGAUAAUCCAGUCAGUUUCAGCUGCUGUUUUUCUCUGCUGGCUAUAUAAGCACGGCAACUAGUGUGAUCUGCAGAGCGUUUAGACACACACUCAAGCGCAAGUGUACUCGCACGCACACACACUUACACACACACACACACACACACACUCACACCACUUUGUGUUUAUUUAGAGUGUGUCUGUGUUUUGAUAUGGGCAAAAGAGAGCGCACACAUUGACAGUCACCACAUUUUGACAGAGACACUGUGUGCAUGUAUGGACUUCCGUGCAGAGUGGCCCUAUUUGCCUGCCCUGUUGAGUUCGAGCUCAGCUCGGCACUAGUUGUCCAGGAGCUUAUAGCAGCUGGUAUCCAACCAUAUUAUCAUUUAUUUACAAUAUGUAUACUACCUCUAAUGCCUCGGCUUUGGUAAAAGGAACACACAGAAAAUUCUGCGUUCAGCCUCUCUUUCAACCCUUUGAGGAGUAAGGAUUCUCAUCCGGGUCUUCUAGAAUUUUGCUCAAACAUUCUACAGUGCCCAUUGAACUCUGUCCAAAAAAUCACGCAAAGUGCUUGUGACAAUAUAGUGAGAACUCAACACUUUGCCAAAAUUCUAAUCCCAUAUACAUAUGUGAUGGUGCUCCGACUCCGAGUGAAUGUUCUCAGCUGGUGGCCUUGACCAGGAGCAGAUGGAGGCGGACAGCAGUCAGGAUGGGAACCCCGGAUAAGGGGUUGCUGAGGGUCCCACUAGAGAUGCUCUCCUCUGCUCCUCCUUCUCGUCUGUGCUGCUGCCUGCUUGCCUCAACAGCUCUUCUUUAAACAGUGGGAGGCUGAGAGGAUUUGUUUGAGCCAGCCACACACAUACUGUACAUGUUGACCAUGACCAACUGGAAAGAUCGAAAAGGCUCUACUUUCCUUUAUUUUUCAUCUGUUUUUUGUCUCCCUCUGUGGUUUGUGUUUAUUGUUUGUGCUGUUCAAUUGAUCAAAUCCCAACUAUGUGAAUGAAAGGGCAGAUUGAGCUGUUUGCCGACAAAAAAAAUACCUGACAAGGUCAUACCUUUCUCCAGUACAAACUGUGUACUUGGUUUGUGCUGUGCUAGACAGAUAAACAUAAGCACAAGUCUACUUGCCUCCUGGGGCCAGGCAAGAUCGACCUCCACAACAAUGAACCAAUCAGAGCUUGUCAAACUGGCGCCCGCUGAAAAUGAUAGCCUUGUCAGGUCUGUCGGUAUCGGUUUUAACCACUCAUGUCCAUUGGGCUGGGGCUUGGCUGAAGGCACAGAGGCUUGUGUGCUGGAAACCAUUGUUAUCGUGGUGUUGACUGUUCUCAUCAUUGCUGGAAACCUGACGGUCAUCUUUGUGUUCCACUGCGCCCCUCUGCUGCAUCACUACACCACCAGCUACUUCAUCCAGACCAUGGCCUACGCUGACCUGCUGGUGGGGCUGAGCUGCCUGGUACCCACCCUGUCCCUGCUGCACCACCCGACAGACGCCCAGGAGCCCCUCACGUGUCAGGUGUUCAGCUACGUCAUCUCUGUGCUCAAGAGCGUGUCCAUGUCUUGCCUGGCCGGCAUCAGCGUGGACCGCUACCUUGCCAUCACCAAGCCGCUGUCCUACAAUCAGCUGGUGACGCCGUGCCGCCUGCGAAUCUGCAUUGCGCUAAUCUGGUUCUACUCCGGCGCCGUGUUCCUGCCGUCCUUCUUCGGCUGGGGAAAGCCCGGUUACCACGGGGAUAUAUUCGAGUGGUGCGCCCAGGCCUGGCCCACCUCCGCGCUCUUCACCGGGUUCAUCGUGUGCCUGCUGUACGCGCCCGCCGCCUUGGUGGUGUGCUUCACCUACUUCCACAUCUUCCGCAUCUGCCAGCAGCACAACCGGGAGAUCAACGAGCGGCGUGCACGCUUCCCCAGCCAGGAGAUGGAGACUGGCGGCGGUGGAGGGGAGGCCGGUGGAAACAGCAGCAGUAGGGGGGGACACCACGCAGCAGGUCACCACCACGGGCCAGACAAACGCUACGCCAUGGUUCUCUUCAGGAUCACAAGCGUCUUCUAUGCACUCUGGCUGCCCUACAUCAUCUACUUCCUCCUGGAGAGCUCUCACGUGCUGGACAGCCCAGCGCUGUCUUUUGUCACCACCUGGCUGGCCAUCAGUAACAGUUUCUGCAACUGUGUCAUCUACAGUCUGUCCAACAGUGUGUUUCGGCUGGGCAUGCGCCGCCUGUCUCAGACAAUCUGCUCCUUCAGCCGCUGUGCGGACGAUGGGAAAGAGUUUGGGGAUCCCAAACCACGCAAAAAAAGGGCCAACUCCUGCUCUAUCUGAGCUACCAAUGGCAGUGGUGCAGCAUUGCAAGAUUUUUUUCUUGAACUUUUGUAAGCCUGCUGAAGGCUGUGGUUGUCAUUUCUUGCUCUUAUUAAAAAAGGCGAGUAAAAAAUAAAAAGUAGGCUAAAAGUGUAAGACCUGAUUUGAACUCAGAAUUUGCAUGAAGCAUGUUUUCUGGAAGUCACAUGCACUGAGUAGAAAGCCUUCCUUGUUGGUCGGCGUCAGUAUCUACUGCAUCAAAUGACCAUGGAUGUUGACCAUUAAGACCAAGGCAUCAUUUCCAGUCUCUACAUGAUGUUUGCAGACAACAGUGGAAAGUCAUACACUGGAUUAAGCUCUAACAGGACUUUCAAAGUGCAUCUUUCAGAACUUUUAAAGUGCACCGUGACAAAUUCUGUCACAAAGUGGAUAAUGCAACUUGAGUUAAUUCAUGUUGAUGUCAAAACCGGUGUUCUGCUAGUCCAGUUGUAGCGGACCAUUUAGUUCUCAAUUUCACACACUUAAACAUUGCUGCUCCAGACUUUCUUUUUACUCAUUUUUUUCAUUUCAGGGGGCUUUUAUGCCUUUAUUCAAAUAGGAAAUUACGAGGGGAGACUGGAAAUAAGUCCUGAGAGAGACAUGGGGUAGGGUUGGGAAAUGACCCAGGCUGAACCCCAUGGCCAUGUGCGUGACCUGCCUGGUCAGGUGUAUUAGCUUGCUGCAUUGCAGCACCUGCCUACUCCAGUCUUUCUCUUGAAGUCACCUGUGUAGACUAAACACCUGUGUAGACUAUCCAAACAUCAAACUAUCAAUCCCUUUCACAGGCUUGUAUCAGAUGCACGCCUGUACAUAUUUGUUAUUGCUAGGGGUGUAAUUGAAUAAUAA